AUGCGCGCAUACCACCCAAGUCCAACAGGACAUCCCCGUGCCCGCACAAGAGGUAGACAACGCAGGAACGGUAAUGUUAAGAACAUCAGAAGCAGCAGGCAAAAUACCGGAGAUGCACAACAGUUGUAUAACGGCUCUGAUAUAAAUAACGAGUUAAUUCGAAGGGAUGCCCCUAUAAAAUUCCUUCAGAUAAAUCUACAACAUGCGCGGGCAGCGGUUGCACAGUCCAUCCAGUAUGCGUUAGAUAACAGUAUUGACAUCAUAAUUGCUCAAGAACCUUACACCAGGAACGGGGCAGCAGUCGGUUUUCCGAUUCAGUGGACAGUGAUUCAAAAACCAAGCCAGGAACAUCCGCCCAGGGCGAUAAUAGUCUGUUGCAAUCCUGAAUGGUCACCAACAGUUGCUGCAUUGGAACAGGAUAACGUAGCGAUCUUACUAGAGGUCCUAUCUAUGUCCCUCAUUGUAACCUCUAAUUACUCGCCACCCACGGCAGAUAUCGGUACGACAACAGGAUUCCUAAAUAGGAUUAUUUACCAGCACAGGCUACCAGACAUGAUAAUUGCAGGGGAUUUUAAUGCCCACAAUACAGCCUGGGGAUAUCGCGCAACCGAUAGCAAAGGACAAGCAAUGGAGGACUUUAUCUCUUCUAACAACCUUGUUCUCCAAAACACAACAGAAGCACCUCCUUCUUUUGACAGAGUAUUCGCACAGGGGUGGCCAGACCUCACUUUGACUACCCCACACACUGCCCCCUUCCUCCAGGACUGGAAGGUAGUAGAUGAAGAGAGCCUAAGCGACCAUAAGUAUAUAACCUUUACACUCGCAAAGCAUACUAUCGUUUCGAAAAUCCGUCGAUAUAACCUUCCAGGACGGAAGAUUAAGACAUUCGCCAAGAAAAUUAAAGAGCAGCUAAUAUUUUUGGAGCCAACGCUACAGCCACUGACUACAGCGGAUGAGCUUGAGGAUUUCACGACCAAACUACAAACGUCAAUACAAAAUAUCUGCAACCAAUGCCUCCCUGUUCGAAAGCCCAAAAAGCUACAGGGAAUAAACUGGUGGUCAAGCUCACUAAGAACUCAGCAGUCUAAAUGCAGACCCGGAAUGCAGUCUCCGGAGGAGAUUAAAAAGCGAGCGAAGACUGGGAACACAGUCUGA